CCUGAACAGCCUUUUUCUCGAAUAGCUGUCAUCUUUGCAACCUUCGCUACUUCGUGUCUCAAUAUAUCGCACCAAUGGCCACAGGUACUAAGUCCAAAACCAGCAAAGUAGUCCCUCUGACCUGCCACGGCCACUCUCGUCCCAUCACCCACAUCUCAUUCUCCUCUCUGAGCCCGGCCUCUGUAUCCUCGUCGCAACCACAAUACUACUUGAUCUCGGCAUGUAAGGACAACAACCCCAUGCUCCGCGACGGCCUGACUGGUGACUGGAUCGGUACUUUUGUCGGUCACAAGGGUGCCGUCUGGUCUGCCCGUGUCUCUGCCGACGGCUCCCUCGCUGCAACCGGAUCAGCAGACUUUAGCGCAAAGGUCUGGGACACCUUUACUGGAGAGCAACUGCACACUCUGCAGCACAACCACAUUGUUCGCGCUGUUGCAUUCCCCGCCCUGCAAGACAGACCUACCAGCCUGGCUACAGGCGGCAUGGAGAAGAAGCUGCGUAUCUGGGACCUUACGCGCGCGGGUGUCGCAAACGGCGCUCCGGCGGGAGAUGAGUGCUACGAGGUCGGUGCCGGCGAGCACGGCCAAACAAUCAAGAGCAUCGUGUGGUCGGCCGCAAACCCCAACGUGUUGACCACGGCUUGCGACGACAAAACGCUGCGUUGGUGGGACCUACGAUCGCGUUCGGCGAUUGCGACACACGAGGUUGAUGGAACAAUUGGCUCUUGCGAACUCAACUCGAGUAUCCUGGAUGGCUCGGCAAACGGCACUCUCAGUGUCGCAGCCGGAAAGACCGUGUACUUCUUUGAUGGCGCAAGACCUGGUGCUCUACUCGACUCCAAGACGCUGGAUCAAGAGAUUGCCAGCGUAGCUGUAUGUGGAAGCCAACGUCGUUUCGUAACCGGCAGCGCAAGAGACACCUUCGUACGAGUAUGGGAUCUCGACUCGGGAGCCGAAAUCGAAACACGCAAAGGCCACCACGGUCCCGUCUGGACCAGCGCAUUCUCCCCCGACGGCAAACUCUACGCAACCGGCAGCGAAGACGGUACAAUCAAGCUCUGGAAGGCCACUUCCGAAUCGUACGGUCUGUGGAAGUAG